AUGGCCGCUCGAAAAUGGGAUGCCUAUAAGAGCCUGAAUAUUACGGGUCGUGAUAGCUGUGGUAUGACUUGUGUCGGAAUGAAUAGAUUCGGGAAACGAUGUCGAUGGGAUAUUAGCGCGGCAUCCUAUGAUAAGAUUCGAGUCAUGUUUGAUGCGAUGGAAGGACGGCCCCCGAAAGAAGCUACCAAAUCACUGAAGGAACUUGCAGUGCUAAGUCUCUGCCUAGACUUCCAUCAAAACCAGGCCAACAAGGUGGUUGAUCAAUGGCAGAGUGCGGUCAAGGAGGCUGCGGCAGGGUACGAGAACAGGAUGGGGCUGAAAACAAAAAUCCAGGUACUGGAAGAAAAUUUAGGCAAGAAGGAAGCAAAUUCAGAAGAGCUACAGAAAAUAGUCCAAGAGUUGCAAGCCCGAGUUAGAAAUCAAGCAGGGCUUCGAGAUCGACAAGCCGAGAUUGAAAGAUUGGGAGUUCAGCUUGCAAAUGAACAGGCGAAUUUGACCUCGGUGACAAAUCAAUGGAGGACAAUGUGUCAGAAAUAUGAAGAUCAAGAGAUACGGACGGAAGAGUAUCGCCGGGCCUUUCUUGAAUCAGACCGAAAGGUAGGAAACCUGGAAGAAAAAAAUGCCGAAACAUCACGUCAGCUUGCUGGUGAAAAGGAAGUACUAAAUCUGGCCACGAUCCAAUACAAGAAGGACUCAGCCACAUCCAUUGGGGUCAUAAAUCGGCUCGUGGAGGAAUCAUCUACCCGGACUAUCGAAUACCAACAAAAAUUAUCGCAAAAAAUUGAGAUGAUUCAAAGGACCGUAGCAGAGAGAGAUGACCUGCGUACUGAGGUUGAGUCCUUGGAGCUUAAGCUUGCACAGUUGAAUAAGCUGUUAAUUGAAAAGGGCCAAGAAAGCGACAGAAGUACAACUGAGCAAAUGAAUCUCGCUAGGAAAGUUGGAGAUCUUACAAAGGAGUUGGAUUCAGAGUCGAAGGCCGCGAGCAAGUACCAAUCAGACUUCCUCCAAGCCCUGACCCGCCACAAUAAACUCCUCGAGGAGGCAGCCGACCUUCGAUUGCAACUCGAUGCUGAACGACAAAAGUCAUCUAAGCUUGUCUUAGAAUUAGAGCAAGCUGAGACUACUCGUACCAUACUCAGCAACGACAAAACAGUAGCUCAGUCGCAGCUGCAGAGGAAAUAUCAAAAGUACGAAAAGCUCACGGCCAAGGUAAGCCAAUUGACGACCGAUCAGGCAACACUUUCUACCAAAUCCCAAGCACUACAAGUCGAGUUAGCGUCAGAACACGAAAUAUCUGCGGGGCUACAUCAGGCAUUGGGCACCACGAAGGAGGAUCUCUUCAUCAUUAAGCUAGCUCUCGGAGAAGCCCAGGCUAGCCUCGAUAAUUAUGGCAGAGACAAUGAGGAGCUCAAGGCCUCAGCAGUCUCAGCUGCUGAGAGGGAGACGGAAAAUUUUGCGUUAAUUGCCACACUAGUAGACCAAAUCGAGUUCUUUAGGAGCCAUCCAUUCAAGGCCUUUUCCAUCAGCAUAGGAGACACAUGUAAGAGGUGGUCGAAGGCUACGGUUGGGCGUAUAGGGGGCGUAGGAUCUAACAAGAGGAUCAUUGGUGCAAGUGACCCAGAAGUUAAUUGUCCUGCAUAA